AUGAAUAUCGACAAUAAAGCUUCAUCAUGGAAAUUCUGGACUCAAAGAAGACACAUUUUUACCAUAAUGGCAUUCUUUGGUUUUUUCAAUAUUUAUUCAUUGAGAGCCAACAUGAGCAUUGCUAUUGUAGCUAUGACAUCAGCUAGAAGUAGCACAAACGAAAACGGAACCACAGUCUACCUUGAUCCAGAAUUUUCUUGGGAUAACAAAAUCCAAGGAUACCUUUUGGGCUCAUUUUUUUACGGUUAUAUAACUUCACAACUUUUGGGAGGAGUUUUGAGUAAAAAAUUUGGUGGCAAAUGGAUUUUUGGAGGCGGCAUUGCUAGCACCGGUUUUCUUACAUUAAUCAGUCCUUGGCUAGCAGAAUGGAGCGUUUAUGCUUUGCUAGUAUGCAGGAUUUUAAUGGGGGUAUUUGAGGGACUAACAUAUUCCAGUAUCUACUCGCUCUUCACAAAAUGGAUACCGACCCAAGAAAGAUGUCGAGUUUCCAGCCAAGCAGUGUCGGGCUCCUACACCGGAGCUGUUUUCGCCCUGAUGUUCUUAGCUUAUCUAGCGAAAGUAGCUGGUUGGAGAAGUAUUUUUUGGGUAUCAGGAAGCAUAAGCUUAAUAUGGUUCAUCUUUUGGUCCUACUUUAUAUCAGAAUCACCUGAAACCGACCCAAGAAUCUCAGAUUCUGAGCUACGCUACAUUCAUGAGCAAUCGUUUACUGUAUCUAGAUCUCCUGAAAUAACUCCAAUUAAAUGGAAAAAUAUUGUUUGUUCGAAAGCUGCAUGGGCAUUGAAUGUUGCAGUUUUUUGUGAAUCUUGGGGAUUUUAUACUUUGUUGACUUUAUUACCUAAGUAUUUUAAAGAUAUCUAUGGCUUUGACAUAUCAGAAUCUGGAAUAGUAUCAGCACUUCCCUAUUUAGCAUUAUCCAUUAUGAUACACGACGCUCCGAUAAAACUCAAGACACUCUAUACAAUCUCCAGAAACAUUUUGGAAAGCACCAGAAUCUUAAUGCAGCUUAAAAGUUACAAAAACGCCUUUCAGACGGCUUUGAAUAAGCAUCCAAAACAGUUCAAAUCCAAAUCAGAAUUUCCAGAAGCAUUUAAGAACAAUUUAGAAACUUCAGAGUCUAGAACUGGAAACCUUUUAGAAUCCUUUUGA